CUAGGGCACCUCAAUCUUCCAUCUUCGAUUUCCUUCAGCCCUCCUCCUCUUUUCAAUUUUUCACCUUCCGCCGCAACCACUUCUUGGAAUCCCUCUUCCCGGACAACUCUGGCGGCCUCUCUCCUUUUUUCGUCUUCGUCUUCAUCCUGUCUUCUUGUCCCUCCCUCCCUCUUCUCAAUGCAGCUAUUGUGCAUAUCGCGAACCCUACGCAACCAUGCCUCAAUCACAUGUUCCUGGCUCGGAGUCUUCUCUCGACCCCCAUCUGGCCCAUAUCAGCCAGUAUCCAGAUCCCGAGCCUAGCACAAUGGAAAGUUCGGCAUGGCGCUCUCUCGCACGGAACCAUGCCGAUGGAGAAAACACCUCGCCCCUCCAAACUCUUCAGGAUGGAGCUCAUGGAGCUCCCUCCCUUGUAGAAUCCAGAGCCGAGUUUGAGUCAUCGAGUGCUCGGCGAAGAAGUCAGAGUCGGGAGCUGUCCGAAGAAUCCGACUUCCUCGGAGAGGUUAGUGAUGGAUUGGAGGAUAUCUCAGAUGCAGAUUCUGAGACUAUGGAUUUCGCGGCCGGUAUAACCAAGUUUAAAGAUGAUGUUCGCAACUUUAGAGCUUCCCAGACCAGCGACACCCGUGACGAGCAAUCGGGCUUAGGGUUACGUCUUCCAGGUGGCCGUUCAGACAACCGAGGACAUGGGAGACUUCCAGGCCGUGGACGAGGCGGUUUAAGAGGCCCUCGGAGAGCUGCGGAGCCCACGGGCGACAUCAAGCUUCGAUUGAGUAAAGCUAACGAAGCCUUUAUUGCGGGAAAAUAUGAUGAAGCUAGGCUCAUUAUAUCAGAGAUCAUUCGCAUCAACGCCGAGACUUACGAAGCAUGGACCAUAUUAUCCACUAUCUUCCAAGAACUUGGUCGAAUUAAUGACGCAGUCAUGGCUCUCAUAUAUGCUUCUCACCUGCGUCCAAAAAACGUAGCGGGUUGGCUUAAGUGCGCGCGGUUUGCGCGGGAAGAGACUGGAGAGCAUUGGAGAAAUUAUCUCCCCUCCGCAAACUUCUGUUAUUCUUCUGCCUUACGAGCAGAUUCCAAGUGCAUAGAGGCCCGUCUAGGUAAGGCUAUGAUUUAUCUCGAGAGAAACAAACUCGCAGGUGCAAUUUCAGAGUACAAGACGAUCCUGAAGAUUCGGCCAUACGAUUCAAGUGUAAUUAGCAACUUGGCCGCGGCCUACGUGGACAAUGGCGAGAUCGAAAAUGCGAAGGAGCUCUACAAGGAAACGUUCGCCCAUUUUCGGUCUCAUGAAAGCGAAUCUGAGCAAACAGUAACAUGGAACGAUGUCAAUGCUUAUAUAACACUUUAUGAGUAUCUUGGCGAGUAUGCUGUGGCGAUAACAGAACUCAAGUCCCUCUCUCGCUGGCUGCUGGGCCGUGAAUCAGACGAUUUCUGGGAUGAGAUUAUAGACGAUGACCGGGAGUGGGAUGCAGAUCAUUUAAGGAGAGUUGAGGUUCCAGGCUUUAGUGCUGAUCGCUUCCCAUUGUCUACUUAUGGCAACGGCCUGCCUCUUGAACUAAGGGUGAAAAUGGGCCUAUGUCGUCUGAAUAUGGGACAUCAUGAAGAGGCGUUGCGACAUCUAGAUUGGCUUGAGCCGUUGGAUAGGUCUGAGCAAAGCAAAAUUCUGGAAUACCCGGAUCUUUACCUUCAGGUUGCCGACAGGCUCUUGGAAACUGGUCUGUACCAAAAUGCUUUGGCGUUCUAUCAACCUCUAAAGCGGAUUCCCGAGCAGGUUACCGCGCCGCUAUAUAUUCAGAUGGGUCGGUGUUUUCAAGGUAAUGGUCUUGAUUUUAAAGCGGAGGAAUGCUUUCAAACAGCUAUCCAGAUAGAUGAAAACAACAUCGAAGCCCGGAUGGAGCUGGCAAAGAUGUAUGAGGAGCUGGGCGAGCAAGAGCAGGCAUUCAUAUACGUCAACGAGGCCAUGUCAAUUAAGAGGUCGCAGGAUCCACGGAUCCUCCCGGCUUCGAAACCCCGUCGAAAACGGUCCAGGAUUGACGGUCCAGCGGGGUCCAACGCGCUUCAGACACAGGACUCAGUCACGCCUACCAGAGGCCCACGGACGUACAAACCCCGCCGCCUGGCAGAUCCGGUUGAGAAGCUUAAGGAAGAGACUGCUAGAGCGGAGCAGCUGCGGAGUCAGUAUCAUGCUAUGCGGAAGGAACAUCAGGGGAUGAGGAAUGGCGAUCCCAGAUCCACAAACUCCUGGAUGGAAGCUGCUAGGGAUCUGACAGACGACUUUAGAAGCUUCAAGACCUUCUAUCCUUGGGAUAAAUACGUCAGGUUUCUGGGAUAUACAGGUGAUGCUCGUCUACAAGCGGAGACCUCAUUAGACAGUGAUCUUACAGCCAUGGCUGAGCGCCUGUCUCGGAAUUUGGGUGCCGAUGUCGCGGACAAAACUCAUGGGCCAAGCCCCGACAUACCGGCGGACUAUCGAGGGAUACCCUUCAGCGCAUGGCUGGAUAUCUUCUUGGAGUACGCAUUAUGUCUUGCUCGAAUUGGGAAGAUGCAAGAGUCAUAUGAGAUUUGCGAGGCGGCAAAAGAUGCGAUUGUCUUUUAUCAUUCUCGAGAGGAUAUGUUCUUGAUCAAUGUAGCAUGGUGUGUUUGCGCCCUCCUUUCCAGCGACGAGGAAACCUGUGUCACUGUUGCUCGGUUCUUCAUGAAGGAUUAUCAGUUCACUACGGAUUCGUAUAGGAUGUUUGCAGCAGUCGCAAGAAUGUGCCAGUCUCCUAUUUCUUGGUAUACUUCAGGCCCGACUCAAAAAUACGUCCUUCGGCAAAUCAAAGCAAUGGAUUACGCUCUUGUCGACGAAGCACGCCGCGGAAAAUACUUUUCCGAGAAAGGCUCCUAUUCAGCGCAAGAUGAGAACGGUCGUCACAUAGUCAAUGAUGACAUGGAUGUUGCACUCCUGAUGCUGUAUGGCCACAUACUAUAUGCAGGCACCAGCUAUGCGUAUGCUCUAAAUUACUUCUUCAGAGCCCACGCGCUGGACCCCGAGAACGCAAUGAUUAACCUGAAUAUCGGCCUUGCAUACGUUCACUACGCUCUCAAAAGACAAGCUGAGAAUCGGCAACACCUUAUACUCCAAGGGUUGACGUUUCUCUUCGCGUACUACGAGUCUCGCAGCCAAUCUUCUAGUAUCGAGGAACGACAAGAGGCCCACUACAACAUGGCCAGAGCAUACCACAUGCUCGGCCUUACACAUCUCGCAAUCCCCUAUUACCUGCUAGUGUUGAAGAAAGCUGUAGGUCAGGAGGAGUCUAUGCGCGAGGAUCUUAUGAUUGAUGCUGCGUACAAUCUCCAGACGAUAUAUUCGAUGGCUGGAAAUCCAGAUCUGACAGACACGAUUAACCCUAGCUAUAAAGAAAUAGUCUAAGGUAUUGACAUAUACCCCUUGUAACCUUUAGAACAAACUUGUCGAAGAUACAAAGGCCGAGAUCAAAUAUGACGAUGGUAUUGGAGUUCGAGUUCUAAAUCUGUGGGUUCCGUAGAAUAUCAACCAUCAUCAACGAAUUGUGACCUUAUUAAAGGUCUAUUUUCGUUUCUACUAGAGAUGUGCUCGUAGGUUGGUUGGGAUCACGGCGAGUGACUGGAUACAACGCGAUACAGAGCUGUCGUGUUCUGGAGACUGGAAUGCAGUCUGCUUGGGGAUCCUUUGUGAUAUAGCCGCGUGACUAGACAUAUCCCUCUGUCAAAAGCAGGAUUGACUAGUAGGGAUGCUGCCC